AUGCUUCAACUCAUUCUUCCAUUCAUUGCAACACUAUUCGCAGCUGCAGAAGCUGAAGAGGGGAGCUACCUGGCGGAAUGGUCGAAUCUCAAGUGUCUAGUUGUAGACGAAACUGAUCGAAUGGUGGAAGAAGGAUAUUUUUCUGAGCUGACCGAUAUUCUGAACAAAAUUCACGAGGCAGCGGAUAAAGAGAAGCUUCAGACAUUGGUUUUUUCUGCCACGUUGACUUUUGCCAAGGCACAGGAUGUUGCAGAGGAGGAAAAGAAGAAGGCCAAAGAAUUGAGUGCUCAUCAAAAAAUUCAACGCCUUAUCAAGCUAACCGGACUUCGCGAGAACAAGCACAAAGUCAUUGAUUUGACUCGUCAAAUGGGUACCGCUGGAUGUCUUGUUGAAGCCAGAAUCAAUUGUGGAAAUCUCGUCGAAAAGGAUACUGCGCUGGUCUAUCUCCUCAACCGUUACCCAGGACGAACAAUGGUUUUUGUCAAUUCUGUCGAUGCCGCACGACGUCUUCAUCAUAUUUUGAAUGCUAUCAAUAUCGAUCCAAUGAUUCUUCACGCUAAAAUGAUUCAGAAGCAACGUCUUCGGAAUUUGGAAAAGUUUGCAGAAUCGAAAAAUGCAGUUCUGAUUGCUACAGAUGUUGCUGCACGUGGAUUGGAUAUUCAGAUCAAAAUGUCCGAAUCCUGGUUCGAAAAGGCUGCCCGUGAAGCUGAUCUCGAUUACGAUGAGACUCGCUCUCGUGAAAUGGGCGGUCUGAAUUUGGAAGUAGACGAAAUGAUAAGGAAAAGUCGUCAACUUCAAUCACAACUUCGUUCUGAACUCUCCGCUCCUCUUCCUCGUUCGGAUGGUUCUGAUUCAAUGAGAACAAAGUAUAUCACUGCUGAAAUCGUCUCAAGAUUGCGAGCGGUUGGCGACAACGCUAUUGAUGUGUUGAAUCAGAAAAUCGAAGACACCAAAGAGUGGAAGAGAAAAAACAGGAAGGCCACAAAGACGGAUGAAAUGAAUUCGAUGAAGAAGUCAUUGAAAAACUCCCAAAAGAACAAGGAUCGGCUGGCUGAAAAACAACGACAAGCAAAGAUGGUCAAGUUCUCCAUGGCGAACUCUCUUGACGAUAAUAAAUAG